AUGUUUUCCUUUGCCACUCGCCGUGCUGCUACUACGCUGAGCGCCGCCCCCCGUAUGGGCGUGCGUGCUAAGCACACCCUCCCUGAGCUGCCCUACGGCUACGGUGCCCUUGAGCCCUUCAUCUCGGGUGAGAUCAUGGAGGUGCACCACAGCAAGCACCACCAGACCUACGUGAACAACCUCAACACUGCUGAGGACUCGCUGGCUGAUGCUAUGGCCCAAGGCAACACCAAGGGUGAGAUCUCUGCCCUGAAGGCCAUCAACUUCAACGGCGGUGGUGACAUCAACCACACGCUGUUCUGGAACAACCUUGCCCCCACCAAGGAGGGCGGUGGCGAGCUCGGCAGCGGUGAGCUCCGCUCGGCCGUUGAGCGCGACUUUGGCUCGCUUGACAAGCUCAAGGAGAAGUUCAACGCUCAGCUCGCUGGCAUCCAGGGCUCCGGCUGGGGUUGGCUCGGCUACAGCCCCGUCAACGGCAAGCUCGACGUCGUGACGACUGCGAACCAGGACCCCCUCCUGUCGCACAUCCCCCUGAUCGGCAUCGACGCCUGGGAGCACGCCUACUACCUCCAGUACAAGAACGUCAAGGCCGACUACUUCAAGCAGAUCUGGAACGUGAUCAACUUUGAGGAGGCCGAGAAGCGUCUCAAGGCUGCCCAGAAGUAA